AUGGAGUGUAACAGUCAAUCAGACUUAGUAAGUCUUAGAGAUUUUAACAUGGAAGAAGACGUUGAGGACUUCCUUGCAUGGGUAGGAGACAGCCAGGUGGCAAAAUAUACGACAUGGAAUCCCUGUGCAGCCAUGGAGGAAGCCAAGCAGUUUCUGGUUAAAAUGCAGCAGGCAGUUCCACCACAUGAGUCAUGGUUCAAGGCUGUUUGUCUCAAUGGAAAGCCUGUUGGUCACAUCAAGCUGGAGUUGAGGACCCAUGAAAAUGGGGUCAGAUAUGGCAGAAUAGGAUAUGCCCUUGGAAGGGAGUAUUGGAGGAGAGGAAUUACAACACAAGCAGUGAAGCAGUGUUUGAAGAUUGGUUGCACUGAUCUCAGUUUGGAGAGUGUGGAGGCCUUGGUUUUGCCUGAGAAUAUGUCUUCCAUCAAGCUCUUGGAGAAGGUGGGCUUCCAAAGAAGUGUUUCUUACUAUGAAUAUGUUAAUGUCAAGGGCAAUAUUCAGCAGUGCUUGCUCUAUACCUUCCAUGGGUCUCAUGUGAUUUAA